UGACGGGCAUCGAAGUCUUCCCCGUCAGUGUCCGAUUAGAACAGCAUCAGCUAGAUUUCGCCCAACACUUGCCCAGUCUCCCUUUUGAUUCAUUUUUUUUCUAGCGUUUUCAGUGACGAGAGUCUGUUCAUGCUCAUUUUAUUCAUGCACAAAGCGCUAAAUUACAUUUAAAUAGCGAGCGACACGUUUAGCUGCUCCAGAGUAGACGUGACCGGGAAAUAAAGAAAAGGGUGAAGCAACACGAUGGCGGCAUCAACAUCGACUGCCUCUAACUUAAAAUCGGCAAUAUAUGCAUUUCUUUUGUCCCCCACAAUGACUGAAUGAAUGAAUGAAUGAAUGAAUGAAUGAAUGAAUGGAUGAAUGAAUGAAUGGAUGAAUGAAUGAAUGAAUGAAUGAAUGAAUGAAUGAAUGAAUGAAUGAAUGAAUGAAUGAAUGAAUGAAUGAAUGAAUGAAUGAUGUCUUUAUUUUAAAAAUAUUACAAAUAGAAAAGGAUGAAAAAAAUAAAAAAAUAACACUAAUAAGUGUCAUGUGCAAGUCCAUACAACAAACGAACAAACGAUAAACCAACGAAAAAGAAUGCUCGAAAAAGAGUUGGAGGAAGCCUCGCUUUUUAGAUUCCUACCCCUUUCCUUAUUCUCUUUACCUCUUCCACCAGUGCCAAGAUGUUUUUCUGCUGCAUCCUCACAGCAGAAACUUCUUCUGAAAGGAAGUGACUUUUUUACGUCCUCGACUUCCUCCGUGGACAUUGUUAGGGUUUACAAAUGAUCUUGAUCGUAUGAUUAUGUCGGAAUGUAGACUAGAUGUCAAGUUAUUGUUUUGUCAAGUCAUGUCAGUUUGCCCGUUCUCUUAGUUCGUUCUCUUCAAUAAACCCUGGUCCAAGCUGCAUUUGGUCGCCCAUCCAUUCCGUGACACUAGAAUUAUUAACUUUGUUUCAACCUUUUACAUUUCCUUGACCUCAGUUGUUGAAACUUUCCAAAUGAUGUGCAAACAUUCUUGCUUAGUGAAUCAUCUAAAAUGCUCCACUAGUUUCUAUUUUUCAUAGCCUGAUAAAACAAUAACAAUCCACACUGAUUAACCAGUUGCUCCCCCCCGCCCUGCUUGUUCUCAAUAAUUUGCAAGAGACCAAAGGCAGACUUUGUUCGAACAUCGCUGUACGUACAGUAACGAACAAAUUCUCCGCUUGCAAGUGUGGUUCUUGCAAAAAAGUUGGAGUGAGCACCACUCCAACGGACAUGGUUAGUUUUUUUUUUCGGCUUCACAUUGCUCACGUUGGUCCCAGCGAUCUCUGACAGCUCAAUCCGCUGUUCCAAGGCAUUAAGAGGACCUGUUAAAGACACAUCCCAGCCCGUCGGAUCGUCGCUGUAGCCACCUCUAGUUGAAGACUCCAUGUAGGAACGUCUGCUCUUCUUGGAUUCCAGCUGCAAGUCAAAUCCACAAGUACAGAGUAAUGUCCUCGGCAGCCGUGCACAGAAUCCUACGACCACUUUUUUGGGGCACCUUCAUCCUCGGGUGCUUCGUGACUCUCUUCUUGAUGUAUUUUAAGCCGUCCACCAGCUGGCUGUCUGGUCCCGUGGAGUCCAAUGUGUCCAGCGAGCAUGUCAAGGGCGCCUUCUACUCCAAGGUUGACCGCAACAUAACCACGGUGCUCAUCUGGUUCUGGCCUUUCGGAAAGACGUACGACCUGAACGUGUGCCCGUCGGUCUUCAAUAUCGACGGCUGUUUGGUCACGGCCGACCGGAACCUCUACAACAAGUCCGACGGCGUUCUCAUCCACCACCGGGACAUCGGCUCCGACCUGUCCAACCUGCCGCCGCUUCAGCGUCCGUCCUUCCAGAAGUGGGUCUGGAUGAACCUGGAGUCACCGUCACACUCUUCCCAACUGGCCGGCAUCGAGAACAUCUUCAACCUGACGCUCAACUACCGUCGCGACGCCGACAUCGAAGUGCCUUACGGCUCCUUGUUGGCCACCGAGAGCGAGGGCGACUUUGUCCCGCCCAGCAAGAACAAGCUGAUCUGCUGGAUCGUGAGCAACUGGAACCAGGAGCAUGUGCGCGUCAAGUACUACAACGAGCUGUAUAAGCACAUCGAGGUGCACGCGUACGGCCAAGCCUUCGGCGAGUACAUCGCGGACCAGGACUUCUUUCCCACCAUCGCCAGCUGUAAAUUUUACCUGGCUUUUGAAAACUCCAUCCACAAGGACUACAUCACCGAGAAGUUCUACAACCCUCUGGCCGCGGGCACCGUACCCGUGGUGCUGGGCCCGUCUCGACAGAACUACGAGAACUUUGUCCAGGGGGACGCCUUCAUUCAUGUGGAUGAUUUCGCUUCGCCCAAGGAGCUGGCCGACUACCUUCUGCUCCUGGACAAGAACGAGGAGAUGUAUCUCAGAUACUUUGAGUGGCGGCGGCACUUUAAGGUGAAGAUAUCGAUGUUCUGGGCCGAGCACACGUGCCUGGCCUGCGACUACCUGCGCAGGCACAGGGAGUACAAGACGGUCAAGAACCUGGACAAGUGGUUCUGGGGCUGAGCCAGCUUGGGAAGGCUUUUUGACUUGGAUUCAUUGAACCCGACUGCUUGCACUUCUUUUUUUUGUAUUGAUUCAGUGAUUUGAUUCAAUAUGAGCCAAUUUUAUGGGAAGCCUUAUUUUGAUUUUUUUUCUCUCGUCCCCGCAAAGUGAUGCCUGAACAACGGCGACAAGAGAAACCAAAGAAAGUGAGAAAAAAAAAAAACGGUCACCUUUUCUCGCUGAAGUCUCACUGGCGGCUCAAGUUUUGACAUUUUUGCGUGACUCGGUGAUCCCUCAUGGAGAGUUUUGUCUUUGCAGUAUAAUUUUUUCUUUUUUCCUCCAAGCAUUCCAAAUGCACAUUUAUUUGCGUAUAUUUAUGGUUUAUUUGAAAGUUAUGUGCUUUAUCUUGUUUUUUCAUACUCUAUUUCUAUUGAGUGAUAGACUUUGGCAUGACGUGAAUUGAGAUUGCAAAGUCAGCCUUUUAUACAUCAUUUUUAUCUUCUGCCAUACACUGGAAAGUAGUGGUGUAUAUAAACUGAUGAUUUACGAUACUUAAGAUGGAUGCCAAAAGGAAAAUUACAAUUACCUUUGUUUUUUUAAAUUAAUUAGCGGACAAAAUUUUCUAGCAAAAUAGUGAAGUUAAAUUUUGGGUCAAUAGAAAACAUUUUAUUCACUUGUUUUUCUGUCUCUAUUCAAACAUAAAUAAUAUUUAAAAGUAAAUAAUACAUAAAAACUGUGAAUAUAUUUAAAAAAUAAUUUCUCCCUUCAUUGCACUAUUUUUUGGGAUUUAAUCAAAGUGUUCAAAAUGAUCACUCUGCCACAAAUGCUAACAAACUAUUUUUUUCCAUGGCAGAAUAUUUGCAGUGCAGUUAUUUUCCGACUUUAAAAAAUAAAACUACAAUAAAUUGUGAGUCUAUGUAUAAAUUACCAAAGUACUCCAUGAAAUCCUUAAAUUUAUGGAGAAACAUAGUCUGCUGUAUAUUUGAAAAAAAAAAAAAUCCAUCUCAUUAACACUGAUAACAAUACAAAUAUCGAUAUUAUCUGUAUUUGGAAGGAUGUGUCCAGUGCUCACCACUACUGGAAAGAACUUUUUUUUCUUAUGGAGUGUCAUUGUGAAAGCUGUAUUCAUGUAAAAAGAAAAGAAAUGUCAGGUGACAUAAGAAGGAAUGUUUUGUGUAUAUUUUUCAAUGUUUGGCACACCCUGACAUCGAUGGAAGUGUCGUGGUAAAUUUUACCGAGCUUUGACGAUUUCACGCUCGGGUGUGUGUUUGUUGCGUUUGCCCGCUUGUCUCUCUUGUUUUGCCAAACUUGUGCGACCUUGUGUCGCUCUCGCACGCCGUGUCUCUAAUGUCCGAAAAAGAACAGACUCACAUUAUACUCGUGUCGAGUGUAUUUCCAUUUGAAAUGGAUCGAUUGAGUUUUUUUUUCCCAUUUUUGCCAAAUCACUGUAUUUUGCCAAAUGUUGUAUUUGAACUCUAGAUGUCAGCUAGUGUCAAAGAAAAAAAAUAAAGAGUGAAACAUU